GAGAAGUCUUAACUCAUCACAUCAACCUUUUUUUUCGUAUUCUUUAGAUCUGCCGACAUAGUUCCUUAUUUCCCGCAUGACCGUCUACACGUGUUGACUGCCAUUCUUUUCGACCGACACGUCCUCCAUAUUUUCCCCCUUUUGACCGGUGACCUCUUCUGGCGGUUUUCUUACCUUAAUAACUGUGAAGAGAAAGAAUUUUCUUUUCAUCUUCUCUUUUUUCUUCUCCGUUUUUAUCUUCUUCUCUGUAAAACUCAUGUCAUCGUCCCAAAGUCCCUUCUAGCGUUAAUCUCUGCUUAAAUCGAUGGAUCCAUAUUCUGGAGACACUAAUAAAACUUCGUCUGAUAAACGGAAAUUCGUUCUUAAGGUUCAUUCAAAACCUUCUUCUGCUCUGGUUCCACCUAAUCUCAAGGAAGUGGUUUCACAUAAGAGGAAACCUUCGCAUAAUAAAGGAGUUGAUGGGUGCGGUGAUAAUCGCGAAAAGCGAAGACUCAAAAAAUCUCGCCAUAGUGUUAAGAUUGACACUACUGUUGAUCUUCCUGCGCUGGAUUUUUCUUUUGGUGAGGAGAUCAUAUUGCGUCAGGCGUCAGCUUCUGCUAUUGUUACUCCUGCUACUUCAUCCGCUGAAGCCCAUUCGCUAGUUCCCCCAGAUUCAGACGCUCAUACCGUUGUUUCCUCUGCCCCAUUGGAGUUACAGAAGAAUUCUCCCUCAAAGGAUGCCAUAAUCACUUCUCCCUCUGAUGUCGUCGCUUCUCCUCAAGUUGUUAAUGAGACCCUUCUCACUAAUAAAAGUGUAUUGGAGGAUGCCGACUCUGGAGUUGAGUAUUUGCUGAAGAUUUGCAAUGCCUCACUUUCUUCUAGUGAUGAUCCUUAUUUGGCUCAAGUUUGCGUUACUCUGACAAAUCUACUGUGCGAAUCUCCGCCUAAUGAACCUACCAGGCGCGAUAUUUUCUCUAGUUUAGAUCCAAGCAUUCAUCUAGCACUUGAUCAUUUGAGUCUCGCCGUCGCCUUAUCCAAAUUGAAGGUUUUGAUGAUUCCAUCUGCCUUAUCAAAGAUCUCUCCCAUCAAGUUUCGAAGUUACAAAAUCAAGUAUCUGUUCUUAAAGGAGACCUCUUAGCUGAGUCCACUACAACCGAAAAUCUUCGCGUGCAAAACAAAGAUCUUCGAGGUAACAUUCUUUCUUUGCUUUUAUUUUCUUGAUUUUGUAUUGCCCCUGCUUCCAGUUUAUGGACUAUCCGCAUGCGGAAGCGCGUCAUAGAGAGGUAUGAAUACCAAUACUCUGUCGAGGAUGCUCGUAUUGAGAAUGAGAAGUUGCAAUGUCAGUUGAGCCAAUUAAUCAAUAAUCACUCCUUCUCGGCUCUCAAGUAAAGAUCCUUUCUGGAUUAUUGUAUAGUGUUGAUAUGAGAAACCAAACCCUGUCAGAUGAGAAUCGAACUCUUGCGGAAGAAAAACGCUCUUUCAUGAGUGAGAAGGCAAUGUUUACUCGUCAGUAUCUUAAACUGAUGCAGGCUUGUACUGCUCAAGAGGAAUCUUAUCGCGCUUUGAAGAGUCAAUGUGAUGAGGAGGUGACAAGGUUAAAAUGUGAGAAUGAGAAGAUUAUUCAAAGUAAAAUAAGGGCUACCGUAAGUAAGAAUCAAAUUCAGGAAGAAUACACGCGGUUAAAGUCUUCACAUGACAUACUAUCUAAAGAACAUGAUUCUUUUUCCAAGUGUGAGCGGAAGAUCAGGUCUCGUCUUAAGGGCUUAGUUGGUGAUGAUAUUGAUAAGUGUAUGGAGGAUUUUUAGAAUAGUAAUCUUGCUCUAUCUCGUCAUCUCUUUUCUCAGAAGGAAGGUAGUCACAUCAGGCUGCCUGCCUCAACUUCUGUCUCAGUUAAAAUAUUUUCUCAUUUCUUGGUUAUUGUAUCGCUCUCUUACUCAUAUUUUUACUCCUUAGUAGAAUCUGAUGAGUCGCACAAAACUGCUAUGAAGAAGUUGAGGUCUGAUCUUUCUAAGGCCCAGAAAGAAUUGGUGAAGGUGCGAAAUGAACGUGAUGAUAACUCCUUGUUCAGGAAGAAUGCUGAAGCUCGGGUAGCUCGAUUGAAGAUGAGGUGUUCUCGCAUUCAAAGAGUGAUGGAGGUUACUGUGGACAACACCAAGAAGAAUGUUGAGCGCGACCUCUUUGUCAAAUCUAAGGAUGUUGCAGAUCGAAUUUGCCGUCAGUAUUCUCUUCCUCUUGUAAAGAUGAACCCUAGCUCCCGCUGUUCCUGCUAACGUGGAGAUUUCUGAGUCUAAAAAUGGGAGUGAUAUUGAAUGCGAAGAUGAAGAAUCUCCUAUUCGUCAGGAUCAACUUAAGGAGAACGUAGCCGGUGCUGGUUCUAACGAUGCUGACGGUGGCCCUAUUGAAACUAGUGGUGGUUCUUUACUAGGCAGAGAUGAUCAACAGGAUAAUCAUUGAAUUUCUCUCUUCCGUCUUUUUGGUGCUGGGUAGAUAAUUUGGCGCUCCCAAGUUUGGGAGGCGUGUCUUUUGCACUUUCUUUUUUGCUUGACUCUUCAUUCCUGCAUUUAAUUUUAGACAAAGUACUACUGUAUUCUAUUUAUUUCAGAUAAUUCUCUUCGUUAUGUUGAAAUUUUUAUGAUAUUUCUAUGUGUUUAUUUUUAUCUGAAAAGGCGAAUAA